AUGAGCAGAGGUAUAUCAACCGUAAAGGAACUAUGGGCUGAGGGGCACGAUGGCGUCGCAGACAAACCAUCUAUUGAGUAUCUGGAGACCACGUACGCCCCCACCGUCUCGCACGCGGGUGGCAACUCGAGCACCCUCUCAAUCGCCUAG